UGUGUGUGUGUGUGCGUGAGUGAGUGAGUGAGUGAGCCGGCACUGCAUCGGUUCCUCCCUUUGCUCUCCGGGAUCCCUGCUCAUUCCAGACAAUCGGGAAUUACUUGCUACAAACCCUGCAGUGUAUUUGUGAUCGUGUGGGAGUGGGGUCGGUGGACGCAGAGCCCAAAAAACACACCCGGGCGCAAGCUCUCAGCAAUCAGCGCUCGCUCCGCUCGGAUACCUGGGAAAUGGUUUUGCGGAUGCCUCUGCUGACCUAACCUCAGCCUUUUUUUUUGUUGUGCUGCUUUGGUUGGAAGUUGGAUGUACAUUUUUCUGGAUUUGGAUAUUUCAAAAGGGUCCACAUUCCACACAAGAGGCAAACAGGAUAAAAUGGUGCCCCUGCAAAAAAGGGAUCAGUUUGACAACUUGGAGAAGCAUACACAGUGGGGGAUCGAAUUCGUGGAGAAGUACACCAAAUUUGUCAAGGAGAGGUCAGAGAUCGAAACCAACUAUGCAAAACAAAUUAGGAAUUUAUCAAAGAAAUAUCAACCCAAGAAGAACUCACGAGAAGAAGAAGAGAGCAAGUACACCUUCUGUCGAGCCUUCCUGACGACGCUUAACGAGUUAAACGACUAUGCGGGUCAACACGAGGUCAUCGCGGAGAACUUGACGUCCCAAAUCAUCGCCGAGCUUUCACGCUACUUGCAGGAGAUCAAGACCGAGAGGAAAUCGCACUUCCAUGAUGGGCGUAAAGCACAGCAGCACAUCGAGAGCUCGUGGAAGCAGCUGGAAUCGUGUAAAAGAAAGUUUGAGAGGGACUGUAAAGAAGCAGACAGAGCACAGCAAUACUUUGAGAAGAUGGACGCUGACAUUAACGUGACUAAAGCUGACGUGGAAAAGGCACGACAGCAAGCUCAGAUGAGGCACCAGAUGGCUGCUGACAGUAAGGGCGAAUACUCCUCCUACCUGCAAAAGUUCAACCAGGAGCAGAAUGACCAUUACUAUACAAUUAUCCCUAACAUAUUCCAGAAACUUCAAGACAUGGAGGAGAGAAGAAUCGAGAGGAUAGGACUGUGCAUGAAGACGUUCGCAGACGUGGACCGCCAAGUGCUGCCCAUCGUGGGGAAAUGUUUAGACGGCAUGACGAAAGCCGCCGAGUCCAUCGAACCCAAGACCGACUCAAAGCAAGUGGUGGAGUCUUACAAGUCUGGGUUCGAGCCCCCGGGAGAUGUGGAGUUUGAGGACUACGGCCAGGCCAUGAAGAGAACGGCGUCCGAAACCAGCCUGUCCAACUCCAGAGAGGGCAAAGAGAAGCCUGCUGGAAAGAGCAAGGGCAAACUGUGGCCUUUCAUUAAGAACAAGAACAAGCUUAUGUCCCUGUUAACGUCCCCCCACCAGCCCCCACCUGCCCCCCCAGCCUCAUCCCCGCCCUCACCCUCUGCUGUUCCCAACGACCCUCAGUCUCCCAAGCAACACAAGGAGCCCCUCUCUCACCGCCUCAACGACUUCAUGACCUCCAAACCCAAAAUGCACUGCCUCCGGAGCCUGAGGCGAGGGCUUUCUCUCAAGCUGAUCACACUCAAUUCCCACGUCCGGAAUCUCAUUGAGGGCUCCGGACCAGAAGACUUCAGCCACCUGCCACCAGAACAGAGGAGGAAGAAGCUGCAGGGCAAGAUAGAUGAACUGAGUAAAGACAUUCAAAAAGAGAUGGACCAGAGGGACGCCCUAACUAAGAUGAAAGACGUGUACGUGAAGAACCCUCAAAUGGGAGACCCAGCCAGCGUAGACCCCCGCCUAUCAGAAAUAGGGCAGAACAUCGAGAAGCUCCAGUUUGAGAUGCAGAAAUUCGAGGGCUGGUUAGCAGAGGUGGAGGAGAGGAUGCCAUCCAAGAGCGAUACACACCGGAGAAGUGGACUCUAUGAGACCCAGAACAACACAACAGUGAGCACCAACUGUGCGCAGGACAGAGAGAGGCCCUUGAGCAGCCCGGAUGGCAGCUACACAGAGGAGCAGAAUUCAGAGACUCAGGUCAAAGCAACACCCAUCCCCAACACCACCUCCACCACGCCAGAGUUCGACGACGAGUUUGACGACGAGGAGACCCUGCCCACCAUCGGCACCUGCAAAGCCUUGUACCCCUUUGAAGGUCAUAAUGAAGGUACUAUCUCGGUGGCAGAGGGGGAGCUGUUGUAUGUCAUAGAAGAAGACAAAGGAGACGGCUGGACACGAGUGCGCAGGAACGAGGACGAGGAGGGAUACGUCCCCACAUCCUACGUCGAGGUCUUUUUGGAAACAAAUGCCAAAGAUUCCUAAAAGUGUGAGGCUGGCUGAGGAAUGGCAGGGCAAGCAGCCUCGGAGAAAACCACCAUGUUCCUCAUAACGCUCACAGAGUCAGAGAGAGAGAAAGUGAAAGACGACCUGAAUCUAAAAGCAUCUCAAUUUCCAAACCGUUAGAAAAAAAAAAAACAAAAAACAAAAAAACAACAACUUAUCGGCAGUGUUGCGCUUCCUCUGCAGAGCCCGGCGGUGUGAAGCAACGCUAAGAGAAAUCCAUCUAAAUUUUUAGCGCCCAUAACCUUUCCAUUCUUAACACCCAUACAGCAGUAACAACCACGGUAUACAAUUUGCUUCUUUGUUGUUUUUCAGCAGAGCUUUGCUUCUUAAUGUAACUAACUCCGCUUUUUACCACCGCGGCGCGGUCAUGAACGUGGCUGUUGGCUUCCUCGCUCUGCCACUUCUCCUUUUCCUUACCUUUGCCCUAUUACACACACACACACACACAUACACACACACACACACAUGGCAGAGGGUGUGGUCAGAGACAGGACGGAGACCAGCAGGAGCCCAGGGACAAAUGACAAGCUGGAGGACCCCCCCCGCCCCUGCUCCUCCUCCUCCUUCUCCUUAUCAAACACCUUCAUCUAAGGUUGUGUAUGCAUCUCCUCACUCACUCAUUGACUCCGGAAGGAAUCGUCCGCCUACACGUGGGGCUGGGAAAACCUCACGUUCACCCCUCUCACCAAAAUCAGCUCCCAUGUUUGCAGGUUUCACCCAACAAGAAGAAACGAAGGUGCUAAUCAUCUAUCUGUACAUGUGCUUCUGGUUUAUGUUUGAGCUGAAUGCCUGCGUGUGUUAUUUGAAAGUCUCUGUGUGUUGCCAUGUCCCGUUUUUCUCCACGCCAACGUCAAUCCAUAUCCACAACCGAAUGGACGGAAGAGAGAUGAAUGAUGGGUAUUUCGCCAUCACCCUCAUCCACAUGUCUUGUCACUGGUGUCUGCUCCUCUCUCUGACCACACCUCCUCUCCCCCUCCUCCCCCCUCACCUCCACAGCCCUUCCCUCCUCAGGCGGCGCAGGCUAACCCCUUGGCUGCUUUGAGCCCUCCUUUGCAACAGCUCGGGGCGGCGGCCUCUCAGCGUUGUGGUGUGCUGCAUGCUUGCCCUGUCUUCCUCCUCGCCCCUCUGCUGGCAGCCCGGAGGUGGCGGGGGUGUUCGCUGCGUCAGCUUACGCCCCCUGCCUCCAGCCUUUCUGUUCAGUUAACCCUCAUUGCCUGGUCGUACUGUUUGAAUUAACCUGAAUGUCACUAUUUGGGUUCGGUGCCUGUGGUUCAUUUUUUUUUAUGUUAUAUCUCUUUUCCGUUGUCAGCUCAGAAAGCAUGUUUCUCUGUUUUUAACAGUGAGCGAGUGAUCUCCUCCUCCCAGUGUUCCCCAGUUUAAUAUCAAAACUGUCAGAAAAGGACGAUAGGGACCCGAAAUGUUGUCUUUUUGAACGAUCUUAUGCAUAGGUAGGUCAUGGAUGUCUUGUGCAUUUGUUAUACUGUAAGUACACAGUACAGUAUGUAUGUAAAAAUAUUGUAUGUGUCGAUCAGAGUGUCUAACGCAAGUUGUUGUUAGUUCACAGUUUAUCACCUCGUGGAAACACAAAACUGUCUUCUGCUUGAUCCAAGCAACAGUUUACCCAAAAAUAAAACCUAUGAGGAUAUUAGUUACAAACCCGAAGUUGUCAGGAUGGUACAACCACUGUCUACUGUAUAUGAAAAUAUACUGUGAUUCUCAUUUUCCUGUGACUUUCUGACUGAAAUGUGACGAGAUGCAGAAUCACCUGUUUUCGGGCCUUAACCGGGUUUCUGUUCUGUUCACUGAGAGAAUGAUGCUGAUGUUAGCUGUGGCGAGGUGAAAGGAUUAAGAUGUGAUUGUCUCAAAAGUUUGGGGGAAAAUUUCAUAGUUUUUUUUUUUUUUUUUAAUCAUGAAACUGUCAGACGUUAGGAAUUACAGUGUUCCCACUGAUUCCCCCUCUGCUCAACGGCACAUAUGUGAUUUUAACAAUUUUUGUUUUGUAUUUUAUGAUGACUGAGAUUUUUUUUUUUUUUCUUUAAGCUGGAAAUCUAUGUUGUAGCUUAUUCUGCCUGAGCGGGACUAAAAUCCCUUAACUGCAAAUAUGAGUAACAAUGACAUUGUUUUGUUUUUUGGAUGAAGCCAUUGUUGAAUAUUCAUCUGAUGCAGAAAAUCAUGAGCGAUUGAUGUAAUGACCAUUUGGACACUUGAUGGAAGCAAUGAUCAAAUCCCUGCUGUGGUACAGAAUCAAGCUUAAAAGUAUUAUUUGCUUUUCGCCACCCAUCACUUCAUAUGUCAAGAUGUCAAACAAGCCACUUUUGUUUGUUGAAUUGUUUCUGAGUGAUAAAUGACGAGAUAAAUCUAAUGAGGCACAAAUCACCGCUUUGAUGCCAUCUGCCUGCCAGCAGUGCUCUGCGACGAGACCACCACAAACCUUCGAAUCGAUGCCCCAGAAUAACCUGCCUGUACAGUGGAAAUGGCGCGUUGGAAUUAGAGAGAAUAUAUAUGAAUAUAUAAAUAAAGUUUAAAAAGGAAAACAUCUAUUUUAACUAUUGAGAGUCUUACCAUUACUUUAUCUGCUUUGCAAAGUAAGACUUCUUUUCCUUUGUAAGGUCUACCAAAUGGUGUGUUUUUGCACUUUUUCGUUUGUGUUCCAUUUGGUAGCCCAUGCUUGUGUUUUGGAGCACUGAAUACUUUGUAUUGUGUUUACUGUGCCAAUUAAAUAUGCCUGGAAAGUAAA